GGGGCAUGUGAUGUGGGUGUGGGAAUGGCUGCCGCGCUCCCGGCAGAGCUCGGCUGCCGGGUCGCCAUCUCGGCCUCCUCCCACGCAAAUGGCCUCACAGUGAGCUCAAACUUUACUCGGUCGCAGAUGGCUUUUGGCUCCUGGGGGGAAUGUGCCGCCGACUGAUGACCGACCAAGAGAGCCGCUCCGACGAGGUCAUUAAGCUAAGCCUGAGCCUCUGCUGUGGAAGAGAGAAGAGAAGAUUCCAAGAAGCUAAAGACCCACCCAACAGCUGCCAGAUCCAUCGUCACCCAACUGCACUGCACGACGGCAUUCCAUCCUCAGCAAUCGCCACCUUUUGGCCUCAGCACAGCGCACACUGUACCUAAUUCUGCACGACCCACACAGAAAGCAGCGAAGAAAAUCCACCAAAGGAACGCGGCCAAUCUGGUGCGGUCCUGGUGGUUUCGAGCUCCGCCCAAGUGCUCGCCGCCGAUCCCAAUCCGGCCAGUAUCCGCCGCCGGAGCUUCGGUCGGCUGCCCCCCCCCCCCCACGUCGCCAGAGGAACCAACCAUGGCAGGCUCCAUGGUGGACCGGGCCACCAGCGACAUGCUCAUCGGCCCGGACUGGGCGAAGAACAUGGAGAUCUGCGACAUCUGCAACCGCGACCCCGGGCAAUCAAAAGAUGUCGUGAAGGCACUCAAGAAAAGGAUUGUGCAUAAAAAUCCAAAAGUUCAACUUCUUGCACUAACUCUGUUGGAAACUGUUAUCAAGAACUGUGGGGAUAUACUCCACAUGCAUGUUGCAGAGAGAGAUGUAUUGCAUGAGAUGGUGAAGAUAGUGAAGAAAAAGUCUGAUCCGCGUGUAAAAGAGAAGGUACUGGUGCUAAUAGAUACAUGGCAAGAAGCUUUUGGGGGACCACGUGCAAGAUAUCCACAAUACUAUGCAGCAUACCAUGAGUUGGUGCGUGCUGGAGCUGAAUUUCCCAAGAGGUCUGAGAGACCUGCACCUUUGUUUAACGGCCAAUCUGAAGCAACGAAGAAUAUGCGUAGUCCUGAUCAACAGGAUGAAGCUGGAUCUUCUGCUGCCAAUGGCUUUCCUGCUUUGAGCAUGUCAGAGAUUCAGAACGCUCGUGGUAUCAUGGAUGUACUAGCAGAGAUGCUGAAUGCCUUAGCCCCUGGAAACAGAGAGGGACUAAGGCAGGAGGUAAUUGUGGAGCUUGUUGAUCAGUGUCGUAAUUACAAGCAGAGAGUGGUGCAGCUUGUGAAUAGUACCUCGGAUGAGGAACUUAUGUCACAGGGCCUUGCACUGAAUGAUGAUUUGCAGCGCGUUCUAGCAAAACAUGACGCAAUAGCAGCAGGCAUCGCAGUUCGAGUGGAGAAAAAACCAAAGUCUCUACAAGCACUUGUAGAUACCAAGGAUUCUGCAAACCAGGACUCUAAUAAAGAGAUGGCACUCGUAGAUAUUGAGGAUCCCACAAGCCAAGAUUCUAAAAAAGAGCCAAAUCAAAGUACAAGUGACCAAUCUCCUUUUGAGCAAUUAGCGCUUCCGGCACCACCAGUGUCAAAUGGCACAGCAACCUCUGCACCAAAAGCUGAUCCUGUCAUCGAUCUUCUUAGCUGGGAUGAUACCCCAACUACAGCAGAAAAUCCACUUGCUCUUGUUCCGGUCACUGAUCCACUUGCUGACUCUACUUCAUCAAAUCAUAAUGCACUAGCAAUUGUCGACAUGUUUUCACAAAACAAUACCACCAAUAGCAACGCUAAUGCAGCUAGCCCCUUUGGUCUCAAUUCAAGUUCCACUAUUCCGGGAUCUCAGCCGUACAACACUCCAACUCAGCAUCCUUUACAGCCACAACAGCCUCAGCAGACGGCGCUUUAUCCAAAUGGGGGUGCUGUGAACCCUGGAACAUCUUACGAUCAGGCAUCCCAGUUUAAUAACAUGAGUUCUGGGUGGAAUGGUCAAGUUGCCAACCCCAUGGCACCCCCACCACAGCAAGCACCGAACUAUGAAGAUCAAAGUGGAACCCUUCCGCCACCUCCCUGGGAAGCUCUGUCAGCGCCAAGCAAUGAAGUGUCAAAUGGCCAAUUGGGAGGUAUGCAACCUCUCCCAACACCAGCCGGUCAGAUCGGUGGGAUGCAACCACUGCAACCGCAGAUUAACCACAUGGGAAUCCCACAAACCCAGCCAAUGUACAGCAACCAACCAGGAGUCGUGUUGCCUCAAGCGAUGCAACCUGGCCAAACUGCUGGAACACAGAUGCAGCCAGGCUUUGGGAACCAGUUUGGUUCGCUACCACCAAAUUCCAUGCCAGGCAUGCAAUUCACCAGUAUGCAACCUCCACAGAUGCUUGGAUCGCAACCAGUCAUGAUGUAUCCGCAACAAAUGCCAGGUGCACAGUAUGGAGCAGUGCCUCAACAGCAGCAAAUGUACGGUGGUCAGCUGGCAGGGUAUAUGCAGCAUCCUGCUGUGGCUGCUGCACAUUACUACAAUCAGGGAAGGCCAACGUACGGGUACCCUGGUGCGAACGGCCUCUCUCAGAGGAUGUAUGGUCUCUCUGUGCAGGACAACUCGUAUAUGGGGAUGAGCUCGUCCUACCAGACAGCACCCUCCCCUUCACCCUCCAUGGGGCAACCUAUCAGGCCAAUGAAGCCAGAAGACAAACUUUUUGGUGACCUCCUUAGUAUUGCCAAGACGAAGAAAGCUUCAUGAGACGAUGAGUUGGAGUGUGGGUGGUCUAAUAUAUUCUCUCUAUUUUUGCGAUUUUUCAUGCGGUUUGAUCUUACACUUGUAGCAUUAUUUGAAUGUAUAAGCUUCAGUUUUUUUUCCUCCCUAACUGUGGCCCUAUUGAUUCCAUUUGAUUCGUUAUGCCGUGUGUACUGAUCACGCCAGAGAGGACGCUGGUAAAUGAUGAUUCAAUAAAGAGGUGUGCAGUACUUCUCCGUUU